CUGCUGUUGGCUUUCUGACAAUUUCCAGUAUCAUUACCAUGUCAGCCCCUUUCUUUCUGGGUAAAGUUAUUGACGUUAUUUAUACAAAUCCCAAUGAAGACUUCAUUGACAGCCUGACCAGCCUGUGUGCCUUGCUGAGCGGAAUCUUUUUAUGUGGUGCUGCUGCUAAUGCUACUCGUGUCUACCUCAUGCAGACUGCAGGCCAAAGAAUUGUGAAACGCUUGAGAGCAACCAUGUUCUCCUCUAUUCUGAAGCAAGAAACUGCUUUCUUUGACAAGACCAGAACGGGCGAGCUGAUAAACCGCUUAUCUUCAGAUACAGCCCUCUUGGGCCGCUCAGUGACCGAAAACCUUUCAGAUGGGCUCAGGGCAGGAGCACAGGCAUCUGUAGGGGUUGGAAUGAUGUUUUUUGUGUCUCCUAGCCUUGCUGCGUUUGUUCUCAGCGUUGUGCCACCCUUGGCUGUCCUGGCUGUGAUUUAUGGAAGAUAUUUGCGAAAACUUACUAAAGUGACCCAAGAUUCUCUUGCAGAGGCAACACAGUUAGCUGAAGAGCGUAUUGGAAACAUAAGAACAGUUCGAGCUUUUGGGCAAGAAAUGUCUGAAAUGGAGAAGUACACAAAUAAAGUGGAUUAUGUGCUACAGCUGGCUAAAAAGGAGGCACUAGCUCGGGCAGGCUUCUUUGGAGCAACUGGCCUUUCUGGAAACUUAAUUGUCCUUUCAGUCUUAUACAAAGGAGGAUUACUAAUGGGCAGUGCCUACAUGACAGUUGGUGAACUCUCAUCUUUCCUAAUGUAUGCUUUCUGGGUUGGAAUAAGCAUCGGAGGUCUGAGUUCCUUUUAUUCCGAACUAAUGAAAGGACUCGGUGCUGGAGGACGUCUAUGGGAACUUACUGAAAGGAAGCCCCAACUUCCGUUUAAUG